GGGACUCAGUCUGCUAUGGUGACCUGGGAUGCUUCAGUAACGAGCCUCCAUUUGUUAGCGAGCAGGAACCAGUCGCUGUUCUGCCUCAAACGAGGUAUUUGCUCUACACACGAGAGUCGAGGACUGUUGCUCAAGCCCUGGACGCCAGGCACCCGGAAACUGUCACCUCCGUCUGGACCAGGUUUCAGGAAAGACCAACAAAAAUCUUAAUCCACGGCUUCCUGGACAGUGUUGCUCUCACUUCUAUGUGGCUGGACAUGAAGGACGAGCUCCUAUUCCACGACGACUACAACGUGGUGAUCGUAGACUGGUCUAAAGGAAACGAGUUACCCUACGACCAAGCCUGCGCUAAUGCCCGAGUAGUGGGAGCACAAAUCGCUGCCUUGAUCAAAUCUCUUAUCAAGGGAACGGGUGUGUCGGCGGCAAGUUUCCACAUCAUUGGUCACAGCCUGGGAGCCCACGUGUCUGGGUAUGCUGGCGAGCUGGUCCCAGGGGUGGGCCGAAUUACGGGACUGGACCCUGCCGGACCUUAUUUCGAGAACACAGAAACGGUUGUCCGACUGGAUGAGAAGGACGCUCUGUUUGUGGAUGCUAUCCACACAGAUGCCAAGAACCUUCUUCAGCUGGGAUUGGGUACCAAGACCCCGAGUGGACACAUGGACUUCUACCCAAACUUGGGUCACGACCAGCCCGAGUGUACUUACAACCCCAUCACCAACAUCAUCGCAGGAAAUGGCAUUAUAGUUGGUGUUGAGGAGACCAUUGCCUGUAGCCAUAUUAGGGCAGUCCAGUAUUUCACGGAGAGCAUCAACACGCAGUGUCCCUUUUUGGCCUUCCCCUGUGCCAGCGAGGAUGAUUUCCAGAACAACCUGUGCCACAGCUGUACCGAGGACGGGUGUGCCAGGUUUGGGCUGGACGCCGAUAAACACAAGCCAGCACAGGGCAAGAAGGUCAAAUAUUUCCUGACCACUGCUGGACAUAAACCAUUUUGUCAGCUGCAUCUGACCGUGACCCUGAAACUUACCUACGGUAGUGGCGACGACGAGAGGGGAACCCUGGACCUUGUCGUGGUCGGAGACAACGGCACAACUGGGACGAUUCAGCUGACUGGUUCAACGUCUUGGUCCCCUAACAACUUCGGCAACGUUCCGCUCAGAGCGACCUUCACCUGGACCCACAAAGCAGCCAUCUUGGACCCACUCCACUGGGACCUCCUGGGUCUGCAGCACCCGAAGCUCUAUCUGGAUGAGAUCGACAUCUACAGGGACGAGACCAGCACAGAAGAACUAAAAAUAAAUCAUCCAUGUUAA